UCAAAACCCGAUCUAGUUGCAAAUACUGUGUAUAUGGAACCGUUAAGUGAUCACAUAUCGAUUAAUGUUGAACUUUUCAUUCCAUCAUGUGAGCAACCUCUUCGGACAAAAACAAUUUUGUGUUACGCUACGACAAACCUCGACGCUAUUAACCAACACUUUUCGCUAUUUUCAGCUUGGUUUUUAGAUGAAUUUGAUUCUAGGUCCUUGAAUGAAAACUGGUUUUUGUUUAAGUGUAAAUUGCUUGAGUUGUGUGACAAAUUUAUUCCGAAACUAACCAUUCACACGUCGUUUUCGAACCCGUGGUUUUCAACACGUUUGAAGAGGUUGCUAAAUAAAAAGAAUAGGCUUUUUCGGGCCGCAAAGGCGUCUCAGACUCCUAUUUCAUGGUUCAAAUACAAGGAGUGUUAUUUAACUUGCAAAUAUGAAAUAAAAAAUCCGAAAGAUAAGUUCUUUAAUUAUGAUCUUUGUAAUAUACUAAAAACAAACCCCAAAAAGUUUUGGUCCGCUGUGAAUUUAAAGCAGGUAAAGGACUCGGUCAGCUUGACUGACGCCUCUGGAAAACGUUUACCAACCGCAGAGACUUGUGAGCUGUUUUGUACCUUCUUUAGUGAAGUGUUCACUGAUGAAUUUCUUCCAUUACCCUCUUGCUGCCCAGAAUAUCUUAUAACCACCCAAAUGGAUGAGAUCAUUGUGACAAAUGACGGUAUUUCAAAAUUAAUAUCAAAUCUACCAUCUAACUCGGCUCCCGGUCCUGACCUUAUAACUACAAAGUUGCUAAAGAUUACAAGUGACAUAUCUAGUGUACUCUUAUCCCGCAUAUUUCAAAAAUCCCUUGACUCUGGUGUUGUUCCGGGUUAA